UUUAAAGCACUCAUACACGCCGUAAGGCAUUAAACGUACAGAAGUCCCUUGCAUCCUCCUCCCUCGUCCUCCGUCGGAGACUCUCCGGCACCUCGCCCCGACGUCGCCUCACGAUGUCGGAGUGGAGCCAGAGGCUCACCGUGCCAGCUGCGGCGCAUCGCAAGACGCGCAGCGACACCUUCGGGUUAAUGGCCAUGGGCGCCCUGAACUCCUGGCAGGAGAUGCCCGGGCUGCACACCGAUGCGGCGCCGACCAGCUCGCCCUCCGGCGGCGAGCAGGGCCCCGACAGCAGCAGCAUGGAUACCGAAAUGGCCUUCGUGGCUGUUGAGGCCGACGACGCCGAAAUGGCCGGCGCAACCCGCGAGCGCCGCAAGGUGUCCCGCCGCACCGGCCGCGCCGCCGGAGCCAGCUCGGCGGCUGCAGGCCGGCAGGGCUCAGGCGCCACAGCGACCGCAGCCAUAAGCGCCGGCCUGGUCGCCCCGGGCAUCUCGCAGGGCCCCGAGGUGGGCCGUGCUGCCUCCAGCGCAUCGCUGGGCUCGGCCGGCGCGUGGCCCUUGCCGCACGGCCCGGCGCCCGCGGGCCUUCAGCACCCCGCCUGCCACACCCGCAGCCAGAGCGAGUCCUUCUCGGACAAGCUGGGCGGGCUGGCGGGGCUGCAGGUCGGCAGCUUCAGCUCAGCGCGUGACGCGCCCGCCAGCGGCAUGCGGCAGCAUGUCGGUGCCGGCGGCGCGCUGCUGCCGCUGCCGCCGAAGGCUGCGGCGAGCGCGCAGGCGCGCGCCACCAGCUCUGGCGGGGCUUCGGGCAGCGGCGGCAGUCUGUACAACGAGGCGGGCGUGGGCCGGUCGGGCAUGGAUGAGGAGCUACAGGAUGUUGAGGAGGAGCAGGAGUUGGAGGAUGAGGACGAGGAGCUGCAGGAUGCAGCUGAGGAGGGCGGCCGCCGCCGCGGCGUUAAGGGCGGCCGCUCGCGCUCGCGCGGCGCUCGGGCCAGCGGCGGGGGCGACGACAGCAAGGGCGGCGACAAGCGCGGCGGCGGCAACAACGGCCGCACCCAGCGGGAGCUGAUGCUGCUGGACCCCAAGCGCGUGCGCCGCAUCAUCGCGAACCGCAUGUCUGCCGCCAAGUCCAAGGAGCGCAAGCAGCAGUACACGGAGCAGCUGAGUCAGAUGCUGGAUGACACGGAGCGCGAGCGGGCGGGCCUGCAACAGCAGAUGGACCGAUACAAGGUGGACAACACCCGCCUGGAGGGCUACGUGGAGGGCGUGCGCCGCGAGGCCUCCUCCCUGACGUCCACCUUAACUGCCCUGCGGCAGCAGGGCGACGAGCUGCUGCGCCAGCUGCACGCCGCCCGCAUGGCCGCGGCCGGCGGCCAGUCGCCGCAGGCGGCCGGGUCGGCGCCGGGCAGCGAGGCGCCGGUGCCUGUGCCGCCAGAGGUUGACGCGGCGAUGAAGGCGGCUGCGGCAGGUGCGGCCGCGGCUGCGCCGCCCGCCGCUAACUUUGCUGAGUUGCUGUCUGAGGGACUCACGCCCGAAGACCUGGCGGCCGUGGAGCGCGGCACGCUGGCGGUGAAGGCCGAGCCGAUGGCGUCGCAGCACCAGCAGGCGCCGGCACGUGUGCCGAGUGCGACGGGCAUGCUGGUGCCUCGGUCGACCACAGGCGUCACGCAGCCGCCGCAGCUCGUGCGGCCGCAGCACAUGGCCCCGGGCGCCGCUGCUCCUCCCCAGCAAGCCGCUCUGUCGGCGCAGCAGCAGCCCCAAGCCACCAACAGUACCAGUGCCGCGCCACCUGCCGCUGCAACCAGCGCCGGCGGCGCGCCGCUGCACAGUAUGGCGCCGGGCGUGGCGCCGCCCGGUGGCUUCAGCCACCGCCCCACGCAGAGCGCGGAUGCCGCCGCUUUUAUGACCUUUCUGCCGCACCUGGGCUCGCUGGGCCCCGGCAACGGUGCGGCCGUGCCUGGCAGCAGUACAUUGCUGCCGCCAGGCGUCGGCCGCGGCGCCUUCUACGCCGCAGCUGCGGCCUCCCCGCCCGGUGCCGGCCCCGGCUCCAACGACAGCUCCAUGCUGGGCCUGGGGCUGGGCGUCGGUGCCGGCGGCCUGGGCCCCGCAGCCGUGGCAGCUAUGACCAGCGGCCCCGGCAGCAACAGCCUCAGCCUGCCGGAGCCGCUAGAUAUGACGCGCGCGCGGGCGGCGGCGGAGGCGCUGGCGGCGGCGGAGGCGCACGGCGCGGCAGGCGGCGCGCUGGGCGGUUUGAGCGUGAUGGCCCCGGGCGUUGCGCCCGGUGCCGCGCCGGACAUGCACACGGCGGCGGCGAUGGGCAUGGGCUUGGGUAUGGGCAUGCACGGCCUCGGCGGUGCGGGUACGGGCAUGGACGCUGCGGUGAUGAGUUUGAGCCGCCUCAGUGCACCCAUGCCCGGAGCCCAGGCGCUGCCGGUGCAGUUGGCCGGCGGCGCCAUGCAGAUGCCGAUGGGUUUGGUUGGCAGCAACAGCUUCGGAGCCGGCGGCGGCGUGGGUGUGGGCGUGCCAGGCGCGCUUUACGCACCUGGCAGUGCCAUGGCGGCGGCGGGCGUGACUGUGAGUGCCGCUGCGGCAGCCGCCGUGCAGCAGCAGGCGCUUGCGCUGCAGCAGCAGCAGCUGCAGCUACACCAGCAGCAGCUGCACCUGCAGCAACAGCAGCAGAUGCUGGCUCUGGCCGCGGCGGGGCAUCUGUCGGCGCAGCAACAGCAGCAGCAACAGAUGGACACGACGGAGUCCUUCACAAUCGGGCGCCAGGUCACCACCUCGCUGCGGCCCUGUGUCACCACCGACCCCUGGCGGGGCCCAGCUUAGGAGGAAUUGCCUGCCUGUGCCACACAACGUUUCGGCCGUGGCUCGUCAUUGAUGCUCGAAUACAUCGAGCUCAGGGACGCGGGAACAAGUGAUUUUCGCACACGGGCAUGGUCGAGGGCGAGACUAGACAACAAGGACCCGCAAGCGAAUAAGCGGAAGGCGCGCUAGCGCUGCCGCGUCUCCACGGCAGCACGUGGGGACACAUAUUCUUGCACUUCUUUCACACGUCGCUGCAUAUUGGUCGUGGCAAAUUCUAGCAUACUGUGUUGCGCGGCACAAAUCCGGUGCGGUGGCCGUCCUGCAUCCGGCACGUGUGUGUGUCUGUUUAUCCUCAUCAUCAGAUGCAUGUGCCCCGCCGUGUCUGGUCUUGCUGCGGAUUCUGCCUCGUGCACGAAACACGCUGCCUUCAGCCGUUGGUUGCUGUGCUAGAUGCGAUACAACGUGUGGGGGGGCCGAAGUGCUUCCCAAACGGGGCUCGUGCCCGGCAGCAGGCCUCGGUCACAGGGUUGUGAUCGCGCGAACUCGCCGACAAGUUGAACCACAUGGCUUGAGCGGGAAAGAAGUUCAGGAGUGGUUUGAGUGCGAGUGACGAGUGAGCAAUGGACUGAUGAUGCUGGUAUCUUGCGACUGAACAAACUGGUAGGUAGGUAAGAAAGAUACUCGCGCGUACUCAUGCUUAGGUAAGAUUUGCAGGGUCACUGGUACCCUCGUUCUAUCGUUUUGAACAGCGUCCUCGACGGCGCUUGGAGAAUGUUUGUGGUGGUUGCUGUGGUAGUGAGGAAGGAAACUGCGAUGAUGCCUACCUGCAGUCCUCUCACGAGGGCGCGGGAUCAACACAUGGCUAAAAUGAGGAUGAGGCAAAUGGCACUUUGCGAAGUGCGCGCGGGUCAGAGUGCAUGUAUGUUGACAUCUGAGUGGAGGAAAGCGCGCACAAACGCUCGGGUAGAUGGUGCUCUUCCAAGAGCUCAUCAAUAGGCCCGGGGCAACGCGUUUCAGGUGGCUGUAGUGAGUGUGGUAUGAAGGUGGUAGUGGGAACGGCGGCUGCGGCGGGUCAUCAGCUAGUAGGUGCGAGGGCGACGUAGCUGGACGCAUUGUGAUCAGGUCAGUAUAAGGUGCGGGACCUCCAUUCUUGAAUGCCUUGGGCGACCAGCCGCAAGUGCUAUUCAAAACAAACAGUUUACCCGUGAUGACCUCGUGUAAGUUGCAAGCUCUGGACAAUAUGUGCAACUCGACCGAUGCCCCCUGACUCCGCUGUGCGCAUCAGCACCGCACACGCCAUGCAGCUGAGGUGCCGCUCUGUGCAGCUACCUUGGUCUGGCACAGACACGCACAGCCAUGCUGGGAAGCAGCCGACCGCUUAUCCUUCGCUUGCCAUGCCGAAAGCCAAAUUCUGUAACAUGACCUGGUCUUAUUCCCAGGUUCCAGGUUUCAGCCCCACCACCCCCUUUCUUUACCAGCUUUCGCCCAAGAUUCCAUCCUGUGCAUCAGUGCAUUCACCGACCCAGCGCGGGACAGCAGACCCUCGCCAGCGGACUGUCACUGUCUCGUCAUCGCCGACGCGGUUACACUUACGACAAUGCACACAGGCACUUACACACGGAUGCGCGUGUUGAGCCCUUGUUCCCUGGUGUCCAUACACGCAGCAAGAACCAACGCGUGGGCGCACGCCAAGUCCACAGCGGCCAGGAAGCUGCGGCUCCAACUUUCCAAUAUCAGCCGAAGCAGAACACGCAAGCACUCUGGCGCAGUCUGACGAGUUAAAAAACCUGCGCGCAGAAGAGGGGACUUCCGGUUCCCUCAGCUUCCGGCCUUGCCAGCUAGCACCGCCGAUCCCCCGCCGCGCCUAUCUAAGGGGGCUGACCUUGCACGUAUUGAGUUUACGCCACAUAAUGGGUUAAAGCACUCAUACACGCCGUAAGGCAUUGAACGUACAGAAGUCCCUUGCAUCCUCCUCCCUCGUCCUCCGUCGGAGACUCUCCGGCACCUCGCCCAUCGC